AUUAAUUGAAGUGGUGAACUGAUAUCCAGGAACAGUCAAGACUACCACCACAAUAACAGCAAAGUACAAAGUAAUUAACAUGGAAGAGAUAAAGAAGGGGGCAUGGUCUCCUGAAGAAGACCAAAAAUUGAAAGCUUAUAUCAUGAGAUAUGGCAUUUGGAAUUGGAACCUCAUGCCCAAAUUUGCAGGGCUUUCAAGAACGGGGAAAAGUUGUAGACUUCGAUGGAUGAAUUAUCUUCGUCCUGAUGUAAAGAGAGGACCCUUCAGUACGGAAGAAGUCGAAACUGUCAUCAAAAUGUAUCAAGAACUCGGAAACAGAUGGUCAGCUAUAGCUGAAAAAUUGCCUGGAAGAACGGACAACGAAGUUAAAAACUUCUUCCACACACACGUAAAGAAGCAUCUGGGAAUGAAAAAAGAGGUCCCAGUGAAGUCAAGCCGCAAAAGGGUGGCGAAAAGUGACAAGAAAGAAACCGGCAAAUCUCAAGAAAAACGUCCAUUAUUUUUGGCUACUGGCCCGACGGAUUAUAAUCCAAUGAUAGGAACAUACAGUAACAACAGUAGUUUGAUGAUAUCACCCGGUGGUUCUUCAUCCUGCAGCAGCGUUAUUACAUUUGUCGAAAGCCAAAGGAUGAAUGUGGAUCAACCAAUCAUUGAAAUGGAAAACACGGUCAUCUUGGAGAGCAAUCCUGAAAUUCAUCAGUCAGAUAGUUUGAGCAUUGAAUCGUUGGAUCAGUUCGAUACGAAUUCAUUCUGGCUUCAUCUACUUAAUGAUGCCGACCGUCUUAUUUUAUGAUGGAUCGACAUCGAAUUACAACCUAUAUGUGCGGCCUCCUACUUUGGUUUCACCAAUUGCUAAAUGUCAGAAGAGAUUUUGACAGUUGAGUAAUAUAUACGAGAAUAUGUGAUACUUUAUUUUCAAAUGAAGUUUUAUAAUAGAAGAAGCGGAUUAUACGAGGAGAGGACUGAUAUCUGUUAGAUGAGAUAAGUUGUACCAUGUCCAAAAACCAUAAAAGAUUAAUAAGACGUUUUGUUUUGGUAGAAAGUCUAUUAAUUCUUAAAAGAUUAGUGGUCCUUGUACUGUUUAUGACUAUGGUUCCACUGUAUUUUAAUUUGAUCGAUGGGCUCCUCAUGCUUUCUCUGUCCUCUUUGUAAUUGGAUUUUCUUGUGAAUUAGAGUAUACUGUUAAUCGUUGAAUCUUUGACAAGUUUUAA